GGGUUAAUGUUUUUUAUGGAUCAAAUUUCCUCUCUAGGCCCUUGUUGGUUUGUUAGUUUGCACCGAUCAUUUAUGCAGUUUAGGAACUUGUGUUUGGUUGCUGUGGAUGGCAGACGCUUGUGGCUGUUCAAAAGACAUCAGGCCAUGGAAAAAUAAUAUGUUUUAUUAACGACUGAAGAAAGUAACUGGGGACAAGCCCAUUCUCCUGAAGACAUUCCUCUGUUGUAAAAAAAUACUUUGGAAAAUCUCGCCCUUGCUGGCCAGAGUCGGCCAUAGAUCAUAUUUUCACGUACAGUUUGCACUAAUAUUGAGCUGUACAAUUUUCUGGGAGAGGUCUCACUGGUCUGCUUGCAACAUUGAAGAAUGUCCGAAGUUUUUUCAUGAGCAGUUGCAAGGUCAACAAAAUGGUGACAAAAACGAUAAAGUCACGAGCUGCAGAAGAAGGCAUUCGUGCUGUCAGACGGAAGCAAAAACAGUGAAGAAGUGGAGGUUGUUGAAACUUUUAAAGGUUAAUAAUCACGGAAAGUUGCUUUGUUGACGUACGGCGUUGAUGGUUAUGAUGUUAAUUUCCUAAGUUUGAUAUUUACCUUGGAUAAUACAGAAUUUAUAGAGUUGCCUUCAACGAAUGAAAAGUUACUUCAUGGAUGACGAACGUUACGAGUCUAAAGGUGAAGGAACGGAAUAUUACCCCGACUUUGAAAUUCAUACAGGAAAGACUCGUCAACAUAAUUAUCUGGGUAAUUUUGUUCUUCGUACAAGAUUUUUCUCCAUGGCUUUUUCACCAUUAUAAGAAAAUGUUUCUUAAAAAAUAACAGAGUGUGACUUUGCUUGACAAACAGUCAAGUCAUCCCACCUGAGAUAGCAAAGGCUAUUUCGAAAACCCACCAAACAAUGACCAGUUCAUUGUAUCCCAUCUGUCAGAAUCAUUGGUCAGAAUCGAUUGCAAAUCGGCAAUACCAGGGCAAUACCAAGCAAUACUAUCCAAUUUAACAUAAUGUACACUAACUUUAGUCUUAAAAAUAUUACUGAUAAAGAGUCAUUAUGUCAUCACAGUCAAUUUGUAUUCCUAAAGUACAAAUGUACAAGAACAAAAAAUUAUAAAAAUACAGUGUUGGCUAAGAAUUUUCUCUAUAAUUCAGCAAUGCAAUAUACACAUUUACUUCUUUACUGACCAAACUAUCAAAAGCUUGUUCAUUUUGAUGUCAAAAAGAAGACAAAUAAUGUUAUUUCUUCUUAAUCGAGCUGCUUCAGAAAGAUGAAAAUUUGCUGAAAAACAGGGGCGAGUAGGACCCUGGUUAAGACGCUGGACGAGUUUGGGGAAGCGGCCCAGCGGGGGAAAAACCUUCACACGUCAUUACCACUGUCAUUGCGAUGAAUGGGAAGUGGGAAUUGUAACUUUACCACGGAAUGUUUAGGUGUAGAAAAGCUCUAGAAUAGUUUACAACGAAAUUGAAGUGCCUGUAUGAACUUUAAUGAACUUUAAUGACUAACAAUAGGUACUCCCUAUAGGGCUUUUCAGUAGCUAUUUACAAAAUUGAAAACAUAUACAUAUUUCACUUAUAAAUGUUUGUAAAAAAGACUAUUAUUAAAACGAUUUUAAAGAUAAAAGUAACAUUACAAGAUGGAACUACAAAAGAUCUUUUAAAGCUUUCUUAAAAGAAUCAAGAGACUUGGAAUUUUUCACAUCUUUGUCUAAAUUGUUCCACAAUUUGACUGCCCUAUAUGAAAAUGUGCGUUGGCCCGUUGAUGUUCUGAACCUCGGAAUUUGAAAUAGGUCUCUAUUACGGGUGGCCCGAUCGUGAGGACUCUUAUGGAACUUUUUGCAGGCUGUAUUUCCGAUAUUCGGUGAUAAUGGCGAUGUCUGAAGCGCAUCGCGAAUUUUUAAGAAAAAACAGGGAAUAUAUCAAAAGAAAUCUUGAGGUUGAUGCUGUUUGGCCACAAAUGACGGACGUUCUGGAUCGUAACUGCGAAGACAAAAUUCGAGCUGAAUCCACCCCUGAAGCUCGUACUUUGGAACUUCUUAAUUUGCUGCAUCGGCGAGGAGAUGAAGCAUUCAUAUCCUUUAUUAGAGCGACACUUAAAGUUCAAAGAUGGGUUGGGGAACACUUGGCUGAUUUAGCCGGACUUAAUGUGAACCAUAUACUUCCAAAUGCCACGCAAAGAGAAACUGAAGAGCCUAGAAUGAAAGAGGUCCAUCGUCAAAUUCUUGUGAGCCAUUUGUCCAUAUUUAAGCAAUCACUUAAUGUCGCUCAAAUGGUUGAAAGUUUAUCCAACAAUGUGGCGAUCACAAGCAGAAAUCCUGGUGUCAACAUCAGAGCUGUGUUGCAAGAACUAUCUUUGGACAAAAAAGUGGAAAAGCUUAUAUGUGAUGUGCUUCCGCGUUUAGGGCCUGAUGCAUUCCAAUGUUUUUUCAAAACCUUAGAUAUAAAUCAGCCGCAACUUGCCCAUGAUUUGAGGCAGUCAAUAAAAGCUACUCAUUCUGGCGAACUAAUUGAUGAGAGACAAUUCUAUCAGGAGUCAACAAGUGCUCAUCUGACUGGGCAGACAACAGCCCAGUUUAAUCUUGAAACAACCUGCUCAGAUCUACCUGACCAUGUUCAAAGAAAGUUAGAAGAAUGCUUAAACAAAGGCAAUGAGUUAUUAGAGAAUGACUGGAGAAGCCUGUACAAAGCAGUGAAUUUGCCACAAGGUAAAGAAAACAUCAUUGCUGAAAAAUUCUCUGGUAACCCCACACGAUAUGUGUUGGACACUUGGUUUGAUAGAGAUGGACAACAUGCCAAUGUAAGAGCACUGCUCCUAGCAUUGAAAGAGUGUAAGCAAGGAGGUUUAGCUCAUGAGAUAGAAAGGGAUUUGGAUGUUAAGCUGCCUGAUCAAGUUCCGCAAGACACCGUUGAUGGAAUCAUGCAGUUAAAUGAAAACGAGAAAAGAACUGUAAACGAUGAAAGAAGUUUGGGUGAACUUCCAAAAAUAGCUUCUGAAGAAAAGGAAUCGUUGCUAUAUCUACUAAAUGAUAAUGACAGUGAUGCUGAUAUUGGUAUAACGUCUUCUACAUCAGGACCUACUUCUUACGAAAAGAUAUCUUUGCCAUCUCCCAUGAGUGACAACGACUAUGACGACAUUGACAAAACUCAUUCUACAGCCGUACUUGAUGAUAAUAACAGUAAAGUCAUUACUGGUGUUUCGCCUUCCACAUCAAAACCUGAUGCAGAUGAUAAUUUGGAUGAACACUUUUCGAUGAACACAAGCUUUUCAGAAGAAGAGGGAAAACAACGUUUGGAAGUUCAAGAAUUGUUGCGUCAACCAUGGAAAUGUUUUGAUAAAUCAAUAAUGCAUCAGGGAAAGUUUAAAAAGAUGGAGGAAUAUGGACGCAAACAUCCAAAAAAAGUUACACUGCUCAAUGAAUUGUGUGUAAUUUUUAAGGAGGAGUUUUUGCUUGGCAAGGGAAGUGAUGGAACUCGUGUUUACCUUGGACUCGGAAAAGAUGGUUAUGGAAAAGCAGUAAAACGAUUACUUCGAGAUAACUCUGUGGAGUUAGCCAAACGAGAAAAAGAAAUUUUGAAUGAGUUGAAUGCAAAGCGUUCAAAUUAUGUUGUGAAUUUUUGGGAUUUAAAAGACAACCCUGACGAAGAGUAUUUGUACAUGAUAUUAGAUUUGUGUGAAGAAUCGUUAGAGAGUUAUGUGGAAUCUUCUUCUUUGCAAGAUCUUCAAAAAGUCGUUCCUAAAGUUCUUAUUCAGAUCUUAAAUGGUCUAGUUCACCUUCACAGCGGAGAGCGUCCUAUUCUUCAUCGGGAUUUAAGACCAUCAAACGUUCUUCGUGAUGUGGAUGGAAAUUUUUUAAUCGCUGACUUUGGUAUAAGUCAUUUGUUAUCUGAUGAAACUUCGACACAUCGGAGCGUACAAAGAGGAGCUAAAAAUUGGAUAGCUCCAGAGUCAUUCAGCGCAUCAGAUGCAUCAAUUGAUAAAGUUCGUUACAAAAAAGAGUCUGACAUUAUGAAUGCGGGAAUGGUAGCUUAUUAUGUUGCAACAAAGGGAAAACAUCCUUUUGGACCUGAGGCGUAUAGACUACAAAACAUGUUGGAGGGAAAACCCAUUGGUUUGAAAGAAAUCAGGGAUGUUCAACUUAAAGAUCUUCUUUCAUGGAUGCUACAACGACAACCUGGAGACAGGCCAUCUGCCGUUAAGGCAUUAAAACACCCUUAUCUACAAUCAGACAAAGAGAAAUUUAAUAUGCUGUGUGAUAUGGGAAACCAACUGAAGGUGAAACAUUCACAAGAUCAAAAUUCUCCCACUUCAGACGUUCAUACGCCUCUUCUGGUGCACAAAGUCAUAAGGUCUACUGACUGGAAAACAAGACCUGAUCUCAAGAAACAUUUUACGAAUACCAAGCUGGUUGAACAACUUGAAGAAAUCAAUGGAAAGAAAAGGGAAGACAUAAAUGACGAUAUGGAUCUUGACGUAGAAAUUGAAAGAGUAAAUGGAUGGAAAAACAAAGAAGACCCAAGUCAUAACGAAUUGCAGUUGAAAGAAUGGAAGUAUUUUGAUCAAUCAAUAAAGCACAAAGAGAUGUUCUUAAAAUUAAUUAAGUAUGGACGCGACCCAGGUAUGAAGGUUGAAUGUGUGAACGACAUACGUGUAAUUUUCUCGGACGAGUUUUGUAUCGGCAAAGGAAGUGAUGGAACACGUGUUUAUCUUGGACUGGGAAAAGAUGGUUACGGCAAAGCUGUGAAACGAAUAAUUCGUGAUAACGACAUUAAACUAAAACAUGAAGCAAAGUUUUUUAAUGAAAUCAACGCAAAGAAAUCGAAUUAUGUUGUGAAUGUUUUGUUAGAAGAAAACACUGGAACGGAACAUUUCUAUUUAAUCCUUGACCUAUGUGAAGAAUCGUUGGAGAGUUUUGUGAAAUCUUCCACAUUGCAGGAACUUCAAAAAUCACUUCCCGAAAUUCUCAAACAAAUGUUAAAAGGAUUAGCUGAUCUUCACUGCGACCCAAGUCCUAUUCUUCAUCGGAAUUUAAAGCCUUCCAAUGUUUUCAGAGAUGCACAAGGUAAAUUUCUGAUAGCUGACUUUGGUAUUAGCCAAAUAUCGAAGGAUGGCUCUAUGACAUAUACAAGCAACACUAACAGGGAAACUGAGUAUUGGAUUGCUCCUGAAUCAUAUCGUGAAAAUGAUGAGUCGGUUGAUAAAGCACGUUACAUAAAAGAGUCUGAUGUGAUGAAUGCAGGAAUGGUGGCUUAUUAUGUUGCAACAAAAGGGGAGCAUGCUUUUGGAACUGAAAAGAAUAGACUGAAAAACUUGUUAGAUGGAAACCCUGUUGGAUUGGAAAAAAUUGGUGAUUGUCAACUUAGAGAUCUUCUUUCAUGGAUGCUGCAACAUACACUCAAACUCAGACCAUCUGCAAAAAAAGCGUUAAAACAUCCAUAUCUGCAAUCUGCUGAAGAGAACUUUGAUAUGCUGUGUGAUGUGGUGAAUCAACUGGAGAUAGAGAUAAGUGAUCCUCUCAACUCAGAUGUCCAUAAGCAGUUAAAUGAUCCAGAAAAUUGGAUGGACCGUAUCGACAGAGAAAUUUUUAACAAUUUCAAUGACUUUGACUCUACAUGGUUAGGCUGCUUAAAAUUUUUACAAAACGUUCGCAAGCAUUGGCAAGAUGAACCUCAUCCACAACUGCCGCUAAGUGAAGGCAACUAUAAACAGUAUUUCCUGCAAGUUUUGCCGGAGCUUCCUCUUUUGGUGCACAGAAUCAUAAGGUAUAUCGAAAGGAAAUCCAUUCCAGAUCUGGAAGAACACUUUGCUAAACUGCAGUUGUUGGAGUGGAAAUGCGUUGAUGAAUCAACUAAACAUAAUCAAUUGUUUUUAAAAAUGGUUAAGUAUGCACAAGAUCCCAAAGUCAAGGUUGAAUAUAUAAGCGAUGUACGUGUAAUUUGCUCCCGAGAAUUUUGCAUCGGCAAAGGAAGUGAUGGAACUCGUGUUUAUCUCGGACUGGGAAAUGAUGGCUGUGGAAAAGCAGUGAAACGAAUACUUCAUGAUAACUGCAUUGGGCUUACACAACAAGAAAAGAAAAUUUUCGAAGAAAUUAUCGAAAAAAAAUCGAGUGAUGUUGUGAAUUAUUUUUACUUAAAAGAAGACAUUGCAUCAGAAUAUGUUUAUUUAAUACUCGACUUGUGUGAAGAAUCGCUGGAGGAUUUUGUGCAAUCGGAAUCAAAUAGUUUGGCUUAUCUUCAAAAAUCGCUUCCCAAAAUUCUCAGACAAAUUUUAAAAGGUUUAGCUCAUCUUCACAGCGAGCCACGUCCUAUUCUUCAUCAAAAUUUGAAGCCUUCUAAUGUUCUCCGUGACGCCCAGGGCAAAUUUCUGGUAGCUGACUAUGGUAUGAGUCAAAUUUUGAAGAAUGACUCUGAUAAAUCAAAAAGGAUUGAGUAUUGGACUGCUCCUAAGUCACAUUACAAAAAAGAGUCAGAUGUAAUGAGUGCAGGAAUGGUGGCUUUUUAUGUUGCAACAAAAGGGAAACAUCCUUUUGGAGAUCGAACGACAAGACUGCCAAACUUGUUGAAUGGAAACCCUGUUGAAUUGAAAAACAUAGUAGAUGUUGAUUUUAAAGAUCUUCUUUCAUGGAUGCUACAAAGUGUACCUGAACUAAGACCAUCUGCCAACGAGGCGUUAAAACACCCAUAUCUACAAUCCGAUGAAUGUAAGUUUGACUUGAUGUGUGAUGCGGGAAGCCAACCAGAGAGAAAGAUACCAUAUUUAGGUCAUCCUCUCAAUUCAGAUGUCCAUGAGCAGUUAAAUGGGUUAAAAAAUUGGAAGGAUCGUAUUGAUCCUGAAGUCUUUAGUGAUUUCAAUGUGGGACAUUACGAUGCUACAUGGUUAGGUUGCUUAAAAUUUAUACAUAAUGUUCACCAGCAUUGGAAUGAUGUACCUCGUCCAAAACGGCUUCAAAGUGAUGGUAAUUAUAAAAAGUAUUUCUUGCAAGUUUUUCCAGAGCUUCCUCUUUUGGUGAACAGAGUUAUAAGAUUAAAUGAAUGGAAAUACAGACCUAAUCUCGAAGAACACUUUUCAAAAUUGAAGUUGCAAGAAUGGAAAUACAUUGGUGAAUCAAAAAAACAUAAAAAUUUAUUCUUAAAAAUGAUCAAGUACAGGCACCAUCCCGACGUUGAAGUCAAAUAUUUGAAUGAUGUAUGCGUAAUUUUCUCAGAGGAAUUUUGCAUUGGCAAAGGAAGUGAUGGAACCCGUGUUUUUCUGGGACUGGGAAAGGAUGGCUACGGAAAAGCAGUGAAACGAAUGCUUCGUGAUGGAUGCAUCAAUCUUGCGCAUCAAGAAACAGAAACUUUAAAUGAAGUAGGCGCAAAGGAAUCGAAGUUUGUUGUCAAUUAUCGCUACUUAAUAGAAGACACGGGAACAGAACAUGUCUAUUUGAUACUGGACCUAUGUGAAGAAUCGCUUGAGAGUUAUGUAAAUUCUUCUUGUUUGGAGGAUCUUCAAAAAGCUCUUCCCGAAAUUCUAAGACAAAUGUUAAAUGGAUUAGCUGAUCUUCAUAGUGGCCUUCAUCCAAUUCUCCAUCGGGAUUUAAAGCCUUCUAAUGUACUGCGAGAUGCACAUGGAAAAUUUCUGAUAGCUGACUUUGGUAUUAGUCGAAUAUUGAAAGAUGGAAGUAAGACAAAAGUAAGUAAUGCUAAAAAGGGAACUCCGCAUUGGAUUGCUCCUGAAUCGUUUAAUACAGAAAAUCCGAUUGGCAAAGGACGUUACAAAACAGCGUCAGAUGUAAUGAAUGCAGGAAUGGUAGCUUUUUAUGUUGCCACAAAAGGAGACCAUCCUUUUAAAACUGAAGAGAAUAUAUCGAAAGGAAACAUUGUUGGCUUGGAGAAAAUAGAUAAUGUCGAUCUAAAAGAUCUACUUUCGUGGAUGCUACAGCUAAAACCGGAAGACAGACCAUCGGCCAACGAAGCGUUAAAACACCCUUAUCUACAAACCGAUGAGGAGAAUUUUGAUUUUCUGUGUGAUGUUGGGAAUGAACCAGAAAUAAAGACAUCAUCUCCACAAUCUCUUCCCUCAAAUCUUUGUGAGCAGUUGAAUCUUUUAAUAAAUUGGAUGGACCGUAUCGAUCCUGAAUUCUUUAAUCAUUUCAAUAAAGUAUCCGACUCUACAUGGUUAGGUUGCCUAAGAUUUUUACGAAACGUUCGCCAGCAUUGGCAGGAUAAACCUCGUCCACAACUGUCAUCAUGUGUUAAAGAUGGAAACUAUCAAGAGUAUUUUCUUCGACUUUUUAAGGAACUUCCUCUUUUAGUUCACAGAACCAUAAGAUUAAGUGACUGGAAGACAAGACCUGUUCUAAAGAAAUAUUUUCCAAACAGUGAACAUCCUGUAAAACUUGAAGAUGGCAAGGGAAAGAAAAGCGAAGCUGUUAUUGAUUAAUCUGAUCUUAACGUUUAAAUGGUCAGAUCAAAUGACGAAUGGAAAAACAAGAACAUUAUCGUUUUCAAUUUAAAGCUAAAAUGUGCCACAUCAAUGAAGUCUUUUUAUUGUCUGCAAAAGAGGUUUAUGGGAAAGCAAUUGGCAAGAAGGAAAUCAAUGAUACCACAAUUCAAGAUCCUCUUUUAUGUAUGUUUUAAUUUGAGGCUCUUAAGCAAGUUAGAUUAAGUAACCAAGUUGGAUAUUACAUGGCCAGAUUGCUAUGACUUUUCAUUGGAUUUUGCAAUGUUAUAUAAUUAACUAUUAUUUUUGUCUUCAAAUGACUAACGAUCUAAAACUGAAGGCGAAUGAAAUUUAAAUUUGAUUUUCAUACAUCAUGUUUGUUAUGUAAAAUAUUCAAUAAAUUUUAACAUGUGUAAUUUAAUAAUACAUAGCAUGUAUACAAUGUAUAACAAUACAUAUAACUAUAUAUAACAAUAUAAUAUGGAUGUCAUGACUUGUAACGCAAUUAAGGAGUUGCUCGAUCUGUGCUCAAAAUCCGUUGUAUUUUAGCGUUAUAUAAGUCUUUCGUAUGAGGUCCGAGCGUGAGUUCAAUGUACUAGAACGCUAUUUAGUUUAUGUACGUCACUACAGUACCACUGCAAAGUGUAAAAGAUUGAUAUGCAUAAAAAAAACAACUUAUUGAAUUGGGGAAAUUGGUAAUAUUUGAAUAAAAUGACACUUUCAUGUGAGGUUGUGAUCA